AUGCCAUCCAUACACAGAACUCUCGGUCUUACACUAAUUGGCGCCCUAUUUGGCCUGCUUCUAUAUGUAGUGCCCACGACUGGCUAUGCCAUAGGUCAGUCGAAAUUCGGCAAAAUUGAAAAGUUCCCCUACCAAGUGAUGCUCAUUGGCAAGCAGCUGUGGCGCAAGCGCAUUCUAUGUGGAGGCACUUUGCUGGAUCAUCGUUGGGUGCUCACGGCUGGUCAUUGCACCAUGGGUGUCACCCAUUUCGAUGUGUAUUUGGGCACAGCAAGUGUCGACGAUACGGCACAGUUGGGUGGUCUGGUGCUGCGCACAAAUAAAUUUAUCGCUCACGAGCACUUUACUCCGGAGUCAGCGGCCAAUGAUAUUGCGCUGGUCAAGUUGCCCAUCGAUGUGACAUUUACAUCACGCAUUCAACCCGCCAUGCUGCCGGUGAGACAGCGUCAGGAUCAGUUCACGGGCAUGAGUGUGGUAGCCAGCGGUUGGGGUGCCAUGAUGGAGAUGUCAAAUUCAGAUCCCAUGCAGUAUACCGAGCUGAAGGUGAUUUCGAAUGGCGAAUGCGCGGAGGAGUACGAUGUAGUCACAUCAGGUGUAUUGUGUGCCAAAGGGCUCAAGGACGAGACAGUCUGCAGCGGCGAUUCUGGUGGCCCCCUUGUCCUGAAGAACACACAGGUGGUUGUGGGCAUCACCAGCUUUGGACCUGCCGAUGGUUGUGAAACAAACAUACCCGGCGGUUUCACGCGUGUCACACACUAUCUGGACUGGAUUGAGAGCAAAAUUGGCGGUCAUCAUCAGGGCUUGCAUCAGAGCAAUCAUCAAUUGCAUCAAACACAACCACAACCGCAUCAAAUACAUCUGCAGCAGCCACAUCAGACGCAACAGCAAUCGCCACACCUGCAUCACCAUGACAGAGAUAAUAACAUCAUCUAA